AAUUUGCUAAGAAAAAUGGCGGGGAUUCUUGGCGCCAUUUUUCCCAAUCCCGCAUUCUUUGGGAACUUUCAUCUAUUUUCUUCUACUUAUCCCUCUUCCAAAUCGUUUAAGCCCUUAUCGAUUUGCAACUACGCACGCAGGCCACAUAAAAAAAUCUGUCCUUUUACCUUAGAAAUGGCUCAAACAGUGGCAAAUCAUAACCCUGAAAUCAAAGAACCAAACCCCAAAAUCCCAAAACUCCAACAAAACGGCGAUCCUGAAGCACCCCAUGAAAUCACUUCCUUUUUACGCGUCAAAAAGCUCUCAGAAAAGGCUGUUUUGCCCUCGAGGGCCUCACCUCUCUCCGCAGGCUAUGAUUUGUCCAGUGCAAUUGAGACUAAAGUUCCAGCCAGAGGCAAGGCUUUGAUUCCCACGGAUCUUAGCAUUGCCAUACCAGAAGGAACUUAUGCUCGUAUUGCGCCACGAUCGGGGUUGGCAUGGAAGCAUUCCAUUGAUGUAGGAGCGGGAGUGAUAGAUGCAGACUAUAGGGGUCCAAUUGGGGUCAUUUUAUUCAACCACUCCGAUGUGGAUUUUGAAGUGAAGGCCGGUGACAGAAUUGCACAACUUAUUAUUGAGAAAAUCUUAACUCCUGAGGUCACAGAGGUUGAUGAUCUUGAUUCAACUAUUCGGGGUUCGGGUGGUUUUGGAUCUACUGGUGUUUAAUUUUGCUAUAUCUUGGGAAUUCUAUGUUGUUACUAUCAUUUCAUUAGUACUAUGAUAAAUUUCAGAUACUAGCCAAGAGCAUCUUAUAUCAAACCUUGAUCUAUAAAAGAAUUGUUUAUUUCAAAAUUUUAUCAAAUUCAUGCAUAA